AUCGGCGGUGGGCAUCUCGUGAGGAAUUUAGAUCAAAUCGGUGGCGGGCAUUUGGUAAGAAAUCUGAAUCAGUUAGGUAAUGAGCAGUUGAUCAGAAAUUUAGAUCAGAUCGGCGGCGGACAUCUGGUAAGGGACUUACAUCAAAUCGGCGACGGAAAGAUCUGGUUAGACGGCGAUCUGGUUAGAAGCAUCGACUAUCCAAAUGCAGAGACGAAACGGCGGCGCAUUGAUCAGCCGACGAGUAUCUCGGAGAAGCUGCAUUUCACGCGAAAUCUGGAUCAGAUCGGAGGGGGAAAUCUCGUGAGAAACUUAGAUCAGAUUGGAGGAGGAAAUCUUGUGCGAAACUUGGACCAGAUCGGCGGUGGAAAUCUCGUGAGGAGCUUGAAUUGAUUUUCCAGCGAUACCUGCAGAUCACGGUGGAUCAGUAUAGGAUAAGGAAGGGGCUGUAGAAUGGCUUAAAAGUGAUUGUAUUAAGGAUGAAGAAAGACUUCUAUACUGAUUUUUAAUAUUGCACUGAAUAUAUGUAGUUCCUUUUCCUUAUAAUUAUC